AUGGAUGAAUCGGCUUUGCUGGAUCUGUUGGAGUGUCCUGUUUGCUUAGAACGCCUUGAUGCUUCUGCGAAAGUCCUGCCUUGCCAGCACACGUUUUGUAAACGCUGCCUGCUGGGCAUUGUGAGCUCUCGCAAUGAGCUGCGAUGUCCCGAGUGCCGGACUUUAGUGGACUGCGGUGUUGACGAACUUCCCAGUAAUAUUUUGCUCGUUAGACUACUGGAUGGCAUCAAACAGAGGCCUCGGAAACCCGGCGGUGGGACUGCUGGCACAAACGCUCUAAGGGUCCCCAUCAGCACUGCAACUAAUUGCGGAUCAAAGGACCUGCAGAGCUCGCAGGCUGGACAGCAGCAAAGGGUGCAAGCACGCAGCCCUCCUGUUAGGGGUGUACCUCAAUUACCAUGUGCCAAAGCAUUGUACAACUACGAGGGAAAAGAACCUGGAGAUCUUAAAUUCAGUAAAGGAGACAUCAUCAUUUUACGUCGACAGGUGGAUGAAAAUUGGUAUCAUGGAGAAGUCAAUGGCAUCCAUGGCUUUUUUCCUACCAAUUUUGUUCAGAUUAUUAAGCCUUUACCUCAACCUCCGCCUCAGUGCAAAGCACUUUAUGAUUUUGAAGUAAAAGACAAGGAAGCAGAUAAAGACUGUUUACCAUUUGCAAAGGAUGAUGUUCUGACUGUAAUUCGCCGUGUGGAUGAAAACUGGGCUGAAGGAAUGCUGGCUGACAAGAUAGGAAUAUUUCCAAUUUCAUAUGUUGAGUUUAACACAGCAGCCAAACAGUUGAUAGAAUUGGACAAGCCCUCAGGUUCUGCUGUUGACUCUGGAGAAGGUACCUCUGGGGCAGCCCACAACAAUUCAACCCAAAAGCACACCGAUACUAAGAAAAAUACCAAAAAACGACACUCUUUUACCUCCCUCACCAUGUCCAACAAGGCUUCACAGUCUUCUCAGAAUCGCCACUCCAUGGAAAUCAGUCCUCCUGUCCUCAUCAGCUCCAGCAACCCAACAGCAGCAGCUCGCAUAAGUGAGCUGACAGGACUGUCCUGCAGUGCCCCCUCUCAGGUUCAUAUUGGCACUACAGGGCUGAUUGUGACUCCACCCCCCAGCAGCCCAGUCACAACAGGACCUUCCUUCACCUUCCCCUCAGAAGUUACCUACCAAGCUGCUCUUGGUAAUAUGAAUCCCCCACUUCCACCACCACCUCUCUUGUCUGCUGCAAUCAUUGCAUCGGCCACUUCUGGACCUCAGUCUACAAGUGUCAUACAAAGGUCUGCAUCAGGAUCAAGUGACCAAGUGGCACAUUUGCGACCACAAGCUCGUCCAAGUGUAUAUAUUGCUAUCUACCCCUACACUCCUCGAAAAGAAGAUGAACUGGAACUGAGGAAAGGAGAAAUGUUCCUAGUGUUUGAACGCUGCCAAGAUGGCUGGUUCAAGGGAACUUCCAUGCACACAAGCAAGAUUGGUGUUUUUCCUGGAAAUUAUGUGGCUCCAGUAACAAGGACAGUGACAAGUGCAUCACAAACAAAAGUUCCCAUGUCUACUGCUGGCCAAACAGGACGAGUGGUGACUAUGGUCAGCCCUUCCACUGCUAGUGGAACAUCCCAGAAGCUCCAGGGGAAUGGUGCGUCAGUUAACUCCAGCACAGUACCCACAGCAGUGGUUUCUGCAGCACAUGUCCAAACCAGUCCACAAACCAAGGUCCUUAUGCAUGUGACAGGACAAAUGACAGUCAACCAGGCUCGAAAUGCAGUUAGAACAGUUGCCUCACAUAGUCAAGAAAGACCUACGGCAGCAGUCACACCCAUACAAGCACAAAGUCCAACAUGCCUUAUUCCUGCAGCUGUGAUCAUUCCCCACCACUCUGUUGCCUCCCAGCAGCUCCAGCCCCAGCUUCCAAAUACUGCUGCUUAUGUCACGGCUGUGAAUGUGAACCGCUCAGCCAUCCCACUGGCAUGUACAGCAGCUUCUUUGAAUUCUAACAUUGCUGCUUCAUCUUUGGAGGGAGAUAUCAGUGGAAAAACAGCAAACACUCACCCUGGAGCUCCUGCAUCUCCCGAGGGUGCUUUAACAGCUGGUGGAAAUGCUGCUGUCAGUAAAACAGAUAAGGAUGGCAAGAAAGAAAAAAAAGGUUUGCUGAAACUACUUUCUGGAGCAUCCACUAAACGCAAGCCUCGACUGUCCCCCCCAGCGUCCCCCACCCUGGAGGCUGAGCAGGCAGCUGCAGAGCUGGCCCUGCAAGGUGCAGUGGGGCCAGAGCUUCCAUCAGCAGGUGCUCACAGCAAGCCUGGCUCCUGUCCUGUUGACAGUGAGGCCUCUGGACUGCCACAGGAGACGCUGCAUCGGAAAGCCACUUCUCUGGAUGCCUCUAUUCCCAUAGCCCCGCCACCUCGGCAGCCUUGCUCAUCGCUGGGGCUGCUCCUCAAUGAAUCCAGGCCUCUUGUGUGUGAAAGGUACAGGGUUGUGGUAUCCUAUCCUCCCCAGAGUGAAGCAGAACUUGAACUUAAGGAAGGUGACAUUGUUUUUGUACACAAAAAACGUGAGGAUGGCUGGUUCAAAGGCACUCUGCAACGAAAUGGAAAGACUGGCCUUUUCCCUGGCAGCUUUGUAGAGAACAUUUGA